AUGAUGAACAACGGCGACAGAACUAUUGUAAAGAUUAGCUUUGCUAAUCAGCUCCAUAGUAAGUUUGGAUUUAGUUUCAUUCGUUUCGUCGGAGAGAAGCAACAUGUACCGGAAAAGUGGAAAAUUUAAGCUGCUGCUGCUGCAAUGUCUCUUGAUUGGCGGUUUCCUGUGGCAUCAAUGUGUGGCCCAACAACACUACAGUAUGAAUGAAGAUUUUGCCGACUAUGAAGAAGAGGAUAAAUAUGAUUAUCACCAUCCUUUGGACCCACGUGCGAACUAUGGCUUCCGCACACCAGGUGCUAAUCGAUAUGCUGACGACUACUCACAAGGCGAAAGUGAUCCGUAUGACACCAGGGAGGAAUAUCCAGAGCCACGCAUAAUUUCACCCCCACUUCCUGAUGUUGAAAACGGUGGCGGUCACAAUCAAGAUGAGAAUCCUGAACCACAUAUUAUCACUCCACAUGUUUCGAACACAGACAGCCGAAAUAUGUACGAGAGAGAAGAAGAAGAUCCAAAACCGAACCUCAUAUCUCCCCAUGUUUCCACUUUACAACACGGAAACAUGCCGUCGAUGGAAGAACACUUGGAUCCAAGAUUCUCAAAUUCACAUGAAGAGGAUCUUCAGCCAAGACUCAUUACUCCCCAUGUUUCUGAAACCCACGAUGGAAACAUGCGAUCGAGCGACGAAUAUCCCCAACCAAACAACAUAACUCCCCAUGUUUCUGAUACCGAAAAAGAGAACAUGCACUCGAGUGACGAAAAUACCAUCUCUCAACAUGUUUCCCAAUCCCAUGAUGGAAACGUGGACUUGAGACCCGAAACCCCACUACAACCGUAUGCUCCUCAUAUUCCUCAUUCAUUCGAGGAAAAUAUGCAGCCAAGACAAGAAAACCAUUAUGAGCCCGAAGUACGUCCUGUGGAUCCCAGAACGAUAACACCGCCACCACCUACACCAUCUAGAACAUAUGACCAUCAACAGUAUCCAUUUUACCAACAGGCCCGCCCACUGCCACCCACCGGCCAGAGAUCCCACAAUCCCCCACCUACUAAUGCUGAUCCCGCAUAUUCUGGCUCUCGCGAUCGUGUUCCCUACCAGCCUAGUAGCAGAGCAUCACACAUAGUAAAUGUUCCUCGCCUAGGUGCUGUACAAGGUAUUCGCGAUUUCAAAACCAUUAAGAGUAGGCCCAUCAAUGCCUACUUGGGUUUAAGGUAUGCCACAGUAAGACCCGGCAUUGGCAGAUUCCAGGCUGCCAGUCCUGUUGAAAUUAAUCCUUAUGGCACCAUUGAUGCCACACAAGAACCUGCUAAUUGUCCACAAUUCCCCGAUUUGCCAAUUAUAACCGAGAAGGAGGCAAAAGGAGAAAAUGUUGAUGAUUGUCUCACUCUGAAUAUUUAUACACCAGAUAGACCCGGUUCCUAUCCAGUGUUGGUAUUUGUCCAUGGUGAAAUGUUGUUUGAUGGCAGUGCUGAAGAAGGACAACCCGAUUACUUUUUGGAACAUGAUGUGGUUUUGGUGAAUAUUAACUAUCGUUUGGCACCUUUCGGAUAUUUGUCCACAUUGACCGAAGAUAUGCCCGGCAACGUUGCUCUGUCGGAUAUUCAAAAAUCCUUGGAAUGGAUUCAGCAAUAUAUACGCUAUUUCAAUGGUAAUCCUGAUCAAGUUACACUUAUGGGCCAAGCUGGAGGUGCCACCCUUGUUCAUGCCCUUAGCAUAAGUGGAAAGGCCCAAGGACUAUACCACAAAUUAAUUUUGCAAUCUGGAACUGCAUUGAAUCCAUAUUUCUUGGAUGAGCAGCCCACGAGCACAUUGCGUAGCUUUGCCCACUUUGCCCGAUGCCCUCCUAGUCGCACUACUGAAGGUUAUAUUUCUUGUUUUGAAAGUAUGAAGACCACGGAUCUGUUGACCUAUUUCAAGAGAUAUUUUGAGAGCAAUGAACCUCGUGGCCUGGCCUUUGCUGGUGGUUUCAAAUUGAUUGUUGGCGAUAAAUUGGGCUACUUGCUCCAACAUCCUGCCUCUAUGGUAAAAAAUAACACCAGCCCAACACUGGUGGGAGUAACAAAAGAUGCUGGUGCCUUUAUUAUGACCCGUUUCUACGAUCAAUUGGUUGAAUUAAAAUCGCGUAACAUUUCCGAUUACAUUAAUGUGGUAUUGAAGCACACGGUACAGCCACGUCAUUAUCAGUUGUGGAAGAACUGGGCCUUAACACACAUCUUCAAUCCGGAAGAUAUACGCAAUCCCACCAUUCAGGGAUUGGUACAAAAAUUAUUAGAGUUGGUCAACUUGAUUCUAUAUCGUGCCCCUGUUGUGGACAGUAUUCGCUAUACAUCGAAGAAUGUGUCCACCUAUUUGUAUUGUUUUGAUUAUCGUGGUCAGUAUCAUCGUUUCGGUCACUUGCGCAAUCCCUUGCCCUUUGAAAUUGAUGCUACAUUGAGCGAUGACAACAUUUACCUAUUCCCCUAUCCCGAAGAAGUGAGCCGUUUAAAUCCUUUGGACAAAUCGGUAUCCGGUUCCUUGGUACGCAUGUGGGUUAGCUUUGCCCAAUACGGUAUGCCCGUUUAUAGUCAAAGUAUAUGGCCCAAUGUUAGUUCGGAAUAUGGGCCAUUUUUGCGUUUCACCAAUACCAGAGCUGGCAAUUUAGAAUUGGAUUAUCACUUUGGCGAUGGUAUACCAGUACCUAAUCAGUAUCCAGAAUAUUUUACUACUACGACCACAACUACAACAACUACUACGACCACCACAACAACAACCACAACUACACCACGUCCAUAUCAGCCAUACAACUAUUACGAACGUCCUCCUAGCUACCGCAACUAUCAGUAUCCGAAUUAUCAACAAUAUUCAAAUCGUUAUAAUUCUCGGCCAUACAAUUAUCGUAAUCUGCCGCAACAGCAGUAUCAACCCGACCCCAGAACCGCAAAUGCACAUUAUUCCAAUUACCCUACACAUCAGCAGCGUCGUCUAAUGUAA